AUGGCGAUUAGCAGCAUGAUAUCUCCUCCAGAGCAAGCUCCCCUCGACAGCUUUCGCCAGGCUGCAGAGCCCUUUCAGCCCCUCAACAUGCAACCACCAAGCAAGCCCAAGCAGACCAACCCGCAACAACCACCAUCGCCUCCGAUCUCACCGUGGACCAAAGCGGACAACCAUGUCGUCGCUACUUCGAGCGCUACCGCCGUGAAAGACCCUAUUCUCUACCCUGAGGCCCCAGCAAGUCCUUCCUCGCCUCUAUUCGAUGAACGAAAGCUCAGCCCCGCUGAGGUGCAAAAUGCCGUGUUCGAGCACAUUGCCGCACGGAGGGCUGCUUCGCUCCCUCGCCAUGUUAUCCCUCCGAAACCGCAGGACUACGAGGAUUUCUUGUGUUUCACCGAGAACGUCUUUCCACUUUAUCAGCGAAACCCUCGUGCGUGGCUCAGAAGGAACCGUGAGCAGCUGCGGGAAGAUGCCAAAGCACGCGCCCGCCGUGGCUCUGGGUAUGCGAAGACGGCACACCCUACUAUCAUCCAUGUCAAGCCUCUGAUGGCGCGGCCUUCAAACACCAUAAUCGCCAAGGCGACCGCUGCCAAGCACGCCUCUCCCCACCGAAAUGCUUCAAAAGUCACCAAACCAUCGACGGGACCGCGACCAGUUCGUGCCCAGACAGUCAAGGCAUCUCGACGUAUCAGCUCCACUCCCGAGCCUCGCAGCCGCCUGGUGCCUCCCAAUCGCGAGGACAAGGAUUUCAAUGCCAUCCCAGACUUCUGCCCGCCACUCAGUUCUCUGCCCGAAAAGUCCAAUCUCAUGAGGGUCGACUGGAAAGGCGCUCCUCUGGAUCUAAGCAAGGACCCGCACAAGCAUUUCCUCCAUCCAGAUGAGCUCCAGCUAGCGGCUGGUCUUAGGUUGGAUUGUGCAACUUAUCUCACCAGCAAGCGCCGGAUCUUUGAAGCUCGUCUGGACUACUACCACAAGGGCAAGGAGUUCCGCAAGACUCAUGCCCAGCAGGCCUGCAAGAUCGAUGUCAACAAGGCGUCGAAAUUGCACACUGCGUACGAGAGGGCUGGCUGGCUUGAUAAGAGAUGGAUGCAGGACCUGCCUGUUCCUACUCAACGCUAA